AGAUUUUCCAGGUUCUUCCGCGAGAAUUAUAAUCACAGGGUAUGCGAGACUGACCAAAAGGAGUUUUUAAAUGGCUGGUAUGUUUUGGUGAUUGUCAGUGAUGCUAUGGCCAUAGUAGGAUCCAUAUUGAAGAUGGAAAUACAAGCAAAGGUAAUUCUCAAGUCAAAUGUUCAAACUCUUUGAAGGAGUUUUAGCUGAUACACAUUUAUUUGUAUGUUUUACAAAAUAUGUUGAAUUUGUUUUUGGAAAUGUAUUUGAAUUCUCCUGCUUACUGCAAUAUUUUACAUAUUUAAUAAUGGCAAUAAAGUAUUGAUGUCUAAUCAUAAAAUCUUCCUAUCUAUCAUAUUAGUUUUGAACAUGUGGAAGAAAUGGGUUGCCAUUUAAACCUAGUCAAUUACCCUUUGAUAAUACAGAAGAAAUUGAGAAAUAAAAAUAACUCUAGAAGAGAGGUUGAGAACUAAAAACUCCCCAUUGCCUGGGCACAGAAUCAAUGGGCUGUGGACUUUGGAGCAAGAUGGUUGAAUCUAGACAUUGUAAAACUCCCAGGGACUAUUUACUCUAACCUGAGUUUGACUUUCGAGUCAGAUUUUUAUGACCUGCAUGUUAACCAUUUACCCCCAGUUGGUAUAAGGAAAAUGAACUCCUCUCUCCCGUCUAGAGUCUUACCAGCUAUGAUGUGUGCAGCAUCUUUCUGGGGACUUCUACGCUGAUGGUGUGGGUGGGAGUGAUCAGGUACCUGGGCUACUUCCAGAAGUACAACGUAAGUUUGAUCAAAUACAUUUUAUUUAUUUAGUGCAUUCAAAGAUAAUUAUCCAGUAUGAAUAGACUAGUCCUGUUCGGCCAUAUGCAAACUCAGACUUACAUAAAAAAUACAUUGGAAAAUACAUCUAUACCUAACGAAAGUGGUUAAAAACAAGGAUGAUUCAUCAACUAAUGGAACACUAAUGGAACACUAUCUUAAACACUGAUUAAACACAGAUUUUACGCAGAGUGUGUGUGUGCACCGUGUGCACAUGCCUGAACACAUAUGUGUGUGUGUGUGUGUGUGUGUGUGUGUGUGUUCCAGGUGCUCAUCCUGACCAUGAAGACUGCCUUCCCCAAUGUGAUCCGCUUCUGUUGCUGUGCUGGCAUGAUCUACCUGGGGUACACCUUUUGUGGCUGGAUCGUACUUGGCCCUUACCAUGAAAAGGUACUGACUGGGAAUGGCAAUGCCGAUACUCAUUUUAAUUCUACAGUACCGGGCUUCAUAUCUUAGAGCCAUUUCCUGAACUGUACACAACUAAAAGUGAUGGUCCUCUGUAUCAGUGUGUACCGGCCAAAGUCAAGCGCUAGUAAUGUAAAUAGGCUUCAUGUUUACGCUGUAGCCAUACAAUUUGAUGUGUUGUUAUCCAUUUACAACCACAAGAUGGCAGUAUGUAUACAUGUUGCUGUUUGUUGUUGGUUCUCUAGUUUACUUAAACCUAAAUACUAGCAAGGAAGGGCACAAGUGUAUUUAGUGAUCGUUCCGUUCCAAGAAAAAUUAUUUGCGGAAGACGAGAAACAUUGCAGUUGUAAACAAGAGCUCACAUGGUGGACUGCAGAAUCCUCAAGCUAACUUUAACCUGUAUCAGACUACACAGCCCCACUUUAUUUGGAUUGUCUCCUAUAGAUGGUCUACACAUAGUUAGUAGUUCAAACUAUCAAUAGCAAUUUGCAUGCAACACUUUGCUGGGAUUAGGGUUAGGUUCAGGGGAUUAGGUUUAGGGUUGGGGUAAGGGUUAAGGUUAGGGUAGUGGAUAGUUAGUUUGCUGACACAGUAGUUAAUAUACUGAACAAAAAUAUAAACGCAACAUGGAAUCAAAUUCAUUUUUUAAUGAAUAUAUUUUUUUAUGUAUUCAUAAAAUUUAAGUCAUUUAGCAGACGCUCUUAUCCAGAGCGACUUACAGUUAGUACAUACAUAAUUUUCUUUCAUACCCCCUGUGGGAAUCGAACCCAAAACCCAGGCGUUGCAAACGCCAUGCUCUAUCAACUGAGCUACAUCCCUGCCGGCCAUUCCCUCCCCUACCCUGGACAACGAUGGGCCCUGGUCAAAAGUAGUGCAUUAUGUAGGAAAUAGGGUGCCUUUUGGGACACAACCAUACACUGCAGCCAGGGAAGUCCCCAUAACAUCAACUCAUUUAGACAUUGUUUACCAUCUGCAAUAAACAAGGGAUGUUAGAGCUGCCCUCCCACACGUCCCCUACCCUACCUAGAUCUAUACUGUCUGUCUGAGUGCUUAGAUGCUAUCGCUCUUUGUUUGUAGUGAGCCCUCUCUCACUCUGUACUUGCUCCCCUCCCCUCUCUCUCUCUCUCUCUCUCUCUUUCUCUCUCUCAUCUCUUGCUUUCUUUCUCCUCCCCCUACGCCCUUCUCUUUUUCCCACUUCAUCUCAGUUUGAGGGCCUGAGUCGGGUGGCCGAGUGCCUGUUCUCGCUGGUCAACGGUGACGACAUGUACACCACCUUCGCACAGCUGAAGGACAAAAACAGCCUGGUGUGGCUGUUCAGCCGCGUCUACAUCUACUCCUUCAUUUCCCUCUUCAUCUAUAUGGUGCUCUCGCUCUUCAUCGCCCUCAUCACAGACGCCUACGACACCAUCAAGGUACUCAGUCAUACAUGUGCUGGGUCGUGUUCAGUUGGCACAAAACGGAAGACAAUGAUCUGAAACGGAGUGAAAUGGGGAGGUACUAUCUGAACUUGCCCAAUAAGGAACGUUAAUUUUGUAAUCCGUUGCAAAACAUUUGGAAACAUUUUUCUAAGGUGUGCCUUGAUGAUCAUGACCCACAGACCUAGGUAUCAGGUGUAUAUCCCAGACAAUAUCACCCCAAAUCUAUAACUACUGUCCAAAAACAGCUAAUUGAGAUUUGAGGAUGGUUACAUGUGUCAACGGUCCAUAUCAGAGAUGUUUUAUGGCUAGUGAAAAUGAGGGGCACGGCACAUUAUUACACAUUAUUCAUUCAAAGGUAUUGAAUGUAGCCAUCAGUGCCCCUUCAAAACAAAAUGGUACAUGAACACAUAUUGUACAUUAUGUGUGAUGAUAAUAAGCAACAACAUACAUUGAAAGAUUAAUCAACUGAGGACCCUUUCAUGUGUUAAUGGAAUUGGAAUCGGAAUUGGAAUUAGAGAUUUUGUCCAUUAUGGCAUUAUUUGAUAUUCAGACUUUUAUGUUUUUUCUAUGGGCCCGAUUCAGACUUAGUAAAUGUACGCCUUUCCUACGCACGCUUUUCCUAUGCACUUCUCAGUAGUUGGUAUUCAGAUUUACCUUAUACAGGUGCAAAACGGGCUUUGCAGGCAUGUUUACCUUGCCGCGCUGGACUAAUUUUAUUAAACCGCUGAAAACACCUCCCACUUGCUUGCCAACAGAUUUUCUCAUGGAGUUUUCAUUCAAUAGGGGUUUCAGUACAUUCAUCUAAAGCUAACCCUUUAAAUUUGGUGUACCUUUUAAUUUGAAAUUUGUCGAGAGACUCACUAUAAUACAUGAAGAAAACGAUUCAGAAUAUUAGGGAUCAAUGAAAGAAAGCUAUGUAAAUACAUGCAUAUUCAUCUCCUUUUCAGCACUAAUUGGUAGAUUAAAAGAAACUCUGAUAUUUUAUAUUAUUAGGGUUAGGAAAGUAUUUAUGAAUAAAACAUUUUUAAAUGGGUUUGGAGAGCAUUCACGUUCAAAAUAAAUUGGUGAAUCAAAAAUAAAGUUGUUUGAUUCAUCCUGAAAGUUGCCAUAUCAUUGAAAUAUUGGAAGGUGAGAAAAGUGUACAAUAGGGGUUGAACAGUAGUCCUAUAAAUCUUCCCUAAUAAUCCUCACUAAUCAUGGAACUGUGAUGACAACGGUCCAGUCGUCGUGAACCGUGCGCCAGCCUCCAGGUUUAAACUGCUACGUACACUGUGUACGAAAUAUUAAGCACACCUUAAUAUCGAUACCAAUUUUUUUUUUUUUUUACUGAAAAGUCUGGGCAUAUAAUUAAAACAUUCUAGAAAUCAUAAAUCAACUCGGUAGAUUUGGCGCUAUACUGUCAUUUGCAUAUGGCUACAGAAGCCUAUAGCUUGGGUCUCCAAAUUUCAUUUGGUGUAAGGCCAGCAUUUCAUAAACUUCACUGUGGAAGAGGUAAUAUGUUGAUAGGCUUCAGUUUGCUGCCAUAUCACUGGUUUCACAUUUGUCUCCAGCGAUCAUAAGGUAAAAUAGAUCUAAACAAUUGUCAUUUAUAUUUACAAUCCCCUUAUGCAAACGACUUACUCAUUUACGUAGCUCUUAUCAAUCGCUCUUAUCAAGUUGUAAAUUACAGUGCAUGGAGUGUUACUUCUAUCGGGAAAAAUAAAGUAGAUGUAGUCCACAGGUUGCUCGACCUUAUUGUUUCAUCGUGUGUAAAGGUGGUGGAAUUAUGAGGGAAUUAAGUCAAGGUCAGAAUACGACGUAUCUGUAGACACACCUACGCAACACCUUAAUGUAUUUGAUCUUCACCUCAAAUGAAUAGCGGGUGAAUAGCAUGCUUGCUUAAGUUCAAGGUCAGAAUAUGCGUAGACAGAAAAGUGAAUUAAAAAGGCAAUUACAGUGCCUUCAGGAAGUAUUCACACAUCUUGACUUUUUCCACAUUUUGUGUUACAAAGUGGAAUUAAAAUGGGUUUAAUUGUCUUUUUCUUGUCAACAAUCUACAAAAAAUAGUCUAAUGUCAAAGUGGAAGAAUAAUUCUAACAUUUGUAAUAAAAAAAAAUAGAACACUAAUAUACUGUAUCUUGAUUAGAUAAGUAUUCAAACGCAUGACUCAAUACAUGUUAGAAUCACCUUUGGCAGUAAUUACAGCUGUGAGUCUUUCUGGGUAAGUCUCUAAUAGCUUUGCACACCUGGAUUGUACAAUAUUUGCACAUUAUUCUUUUUAAAAUUCUUCAAGCUCUGUCAAGUUGGUUUUGAUCAUUGCUAGACAGCCAUUUUCAUGUCUUGCUAUAGAUUUUCAAGCCGAUUUAAGUCAAAACUGUAACUGGGCCACUCAGGAACACUUGUGUUUUAGGUUAUUGUCCUGCUGAAAGGUGAAUUAAUCUCCCAGUGUCUGGUGGAAAGCAGACUGAACAAAGUUUGCCUCUAGGAUUUUGCAUGUGCUUAGCUCCAUUCCAUACAUUUUUUAUCCUGAAAAACUCCCCAGUCCUUAACGAUGACAAGCAUACCCAUAACAUGAUGCAGCCAACACUAUGUUUGAACAUAUGGAAAGUAGUACUCAGUAAUGUGUUGUUUUGGAUUUGCCCCAAACAUAAGACUUUGUAUUCAGGAUAUAAAGUACAUUUCUUUGCCAAUUUCUUUGCAGUUUUACUUUAGUGCCUUAUUGCAAACAGGACGCAUGUUUUGGAAUAAUUUUAUUCUGUACAGGCUUGCUUCUUUUCACUGUCAAUUAGGUCAGUUUUCUCCUAUCACAGCCAUUAAACCCUGUAACUGUUUUAAAGUCACCAUUGGCCUCAUGGUGAAAUCCCUGAGUGGUUUCCUUAUUCUCCGGCAACUGAGUUAGGAAGGACGCCUCUAUCUUUGUAGUGACUGGAUGUAUUGAUGCACCAUCCAAAGUGUAAUUAAUAACUUCACCAUGCCCAACGGGCUAUUUAAAGUCAGCUUUUUUUUUACCCAUCUACCAAUGGGUACCCUUAUUUGUGAGGCAUUGGAAAACCUCUCUGGUCUUUGUGGUUGAAUCUGUGUUUGAAAUUCACUGCCCCUAACCAACAUACCCGAAGGAAAAAAAUACAUGAAGAAAUGAUUGUAUGUGUGGGGUACAGAGAUGUGGUAGUCAUUAAAAAAUCAUGUUAAACACUAUUAUUGCACACAGAGUGAGUCCAUGCAACUUAUUAUGUGACUUGUUAAGCACAUUUCUACUCUUGAACUUAUUUAAGCUUGCCAUUUCAACGCGAUUGAAUACUUAAUGACUCAAGACAUUUCAGCUUUUCAUUUGUAAUUAACUUGUAAACAUUUCUAAAAAUAUAAUUCCACUUUUACAUUAUGGGGUAUUGUGUGUAAGCCAGUGACAAAAAAAAUCUAUAUUUAAUCCAUUUUAAAUUCAGGCUGUAACACAACGAAAUGUGGAAAAAGUCAAGGGGUGUGAAUACCUUUUGAAGGCACUGUACGUUCCAUUUACGCAUGCUUAACUCGGGUCGGAAUUCCCCCCAAUGUGAAUUCAGUUGUCUCAUAGUACUUUUAUUCUACCCUACCGACAGAACUACCAGAAGAAUGGUUUCCCCAUGACAGACCUGCAGAGGUUCCUGAGAGAGCAGAAGGAUUUUCCCCCUAGUGAGGAGGGCAGCGAGAUGGACACAGAGACUGGAAUGGGAUACCCAGUGCUGUGCUGCUGCAGACGGUACAGUAACAUUACCCCAUAUAAUUAA